UGUCACCUCCCGCGACGAUUUGUACGUGUUACCUAUUUUAUUGUCGCCUUCUGUCUUCCCGCUAUAUUUUCUACACAAACCCUUCUCCGCUCCACACAAAUACAACCUCAUUCGAGCCUUUUUUAUUGUAACGGUUCAGUGAUUUCUAGCUAAACUACACCCACGUCGUUCAAUCACUUAUCGAGUGUAAUUUUGAUAACCCACGCAGGUGAAAUUUUCAUGUUUAGUGGAUGUAUCGUAUCGGACCUAAACUCUGUGUAUUUAAGCAAAACUUCUCCGAAUAAUGUUUUACACAAACACACAUCAAUCGCUUCGAUUUUAUCCCGAUUUAACCAAUGUUAUUUAUAUUUCGCAAAAAAAACAGCGUAACGAUAUAAACGGUGUUGUAAAGGGCUUGGAAUCGUGUACCGACGUGUGAAAAGGUUUGCAUUCACGUAAAUGUUAGCCCCCUCCCCCCGAUGUAUAAUAAUAUAAACGGGAAGCCGGCCGAGGUGUGAGAAAGGUUAACGCGAUGUUCGCACGGGAUUAGCACAAAUAGAACGCGGCGUUACUCUGUACGAAUGAAUGAAUAUCUCUCAUUUAUUUCACACGCGGGUGAGCUACUUCAUCUGCGUAAAGCCGCGCUAGUUAACAAGUUAAAGUAAACCAUAUUCGGUUUUAAAUGCGACCAUAAUAUUUUCCGUGACAUCUGCGGUUGGCACCACACCGGCUACACGUAAAGUUCGCCCGCAGCAUUUCAUAUUACGUUUUGCAAAUUCGCAAUAUUUUAAAUUAAACGCUGCGAAUAAACCGUUCAAAGCUUAUCAAUUUGGUAACUGUCAGCCACAAUUUGCGACACAUUCAUACAAUGUAACAUCCCAAUUCCACCUAUCCUGCCGCUGACAGGGAAUUUACUGAAAAUUUCAUCAUAUUUUGGGAAAGUUAUCAAGAGAGACAAUUCGCCCUGUAAUAGUGUGCGGGGGCCGGGGGCAUAUUGAUUCGAUGCUGUGUCCUGAUUGAUCGAGCGUAUUGCUUGACAAAUGUCAUGGCGCCCAGUGAUGGAUCAUUCCGUGUUCGGGAGAUUAAAUCAAACUGACUUUACGAAUUACUCACACAUUGUGGGCUCAUGGUUAAAAUAUCGCUUACUUAUUAAAUAAGGAAGUGUGUUGUGGCUACAUAAAGUGUCACGCACAUUAGGCAGAGUUCCAAACAGCAAAUAAGAGCAAGUGAACCCUGCGCCGCCGCGGUGGGUCUCAAGGACCGCGUGAUUGAUGCUCGUCAUUAUGGCCCGCUGAUUGAUCGCUCGCCCGCCGCAUUGUGUGCCGCUGGCUACCAGUUGCGCGCACGAAAUCGAUGCUGGAAAAUGUUCACGGAUUAUUGUUCGAAUGUGUGGAGCAUUUUUACGUCUUUUCAUGUUUAUGAUUAAAUUGAAGCAGUAAAAAGCUUUGAGUGAAAUAUCGUAAAAGAUUAUGUAGGUAUUAAUCAUGUAUGUGAAAGAAACUACACAUUUCUUUGAAAAUAUAUACAAUUCUAGUGAAAUUCUCAACAUAAAAUACAAGAAAUAAAACAUUAAGCACCUACUCGUAGCUACUUUGUAUUUUAAACAAAAUAUGUGCUCACCUUGUCGUGUAGCAGGAAUUCUUUACGUUUGCAAUGGAAAUGUUUGACCAACCGCGCGGACAAACAGCUCGCGACGUCGCUCGGCUAUUAUGUCGUGAACGACUCACUGGCUCACAAAGACUUACUUACGUCAAGUUACCCUGAGAGCCUGUGACCGUGGACCGUGGACCGUGGGCCCACAUCAUGUAUCGAGCCUUUCCCUAUUGUCGACGCGACACAAUACGACUUGAUUUCAUCAUAUUGAAAAGGACAUGCUUUGUCCGCACAAAAUGUUUUGUCUCGAAAUGCCAAACAAUAUAAGAAUGGACUUAUUUUCUCCAAGUUUAGGUUUUUGUGCUACAUUUGAUAUACAAUUUUGUGGAAAACUGAUGCUUCACUGUUAGAAGUUUUAUUAAUUAAAAGAUUAAAGACAAUAAUUUAAUUUGAAGCACUUACUUCAUAGAUCCGAUCCUCUUUACAACGUUAUUCCUUUAUUCCGUUUGAUGUAACUUGAUUGUCGUUUUAAUAUUCGUUUCCAUAUUCUGUUUAAACUUUUAAUUUCCAAACCCAAUUACAAACUUGGGAAUUCGGUAGCAAUCUAAUAAUUUCCAAUUUACGUUUGGGACGCGACAUCUUUGCGUAGAAUUACAAGCUUGUAAUAGAAUUUCCUUUGCUAAUUGCCUCUUGAAUCCUGGCAUUACACAAAUCCCGUUAACGGGUGACCUGUCUCUCACAAUGGUGUAUUUAAAUUGGGCGGGAUGGUCCGCGGCGGUCCGAGCGACCGCGCGCCGCCGCCCGACGGUUGGCUGUAAGUGGCCGGUCACAGAGUGGCGCUGUGUGAGUGAUGGCUUUAAUUGUUCCACGCUCGAUGGCUGAUAUUGUUUUUUGUUUUUUUAUUUAUUGUUCGCCAGAUAUUUAGCGAGUCUUUUGUUGCCGUUCAAUCUAGCAAAGCUUUCAUUUGUAUCUUUGUGUUCGGAUGGAUGAAUAAAGAGAUAAUUUAAAAGUAUAUCAGUACGGCCGAUGCCCGCUACGCCGCGCGAAAAGCAGGAGUACGAACAGGGUGGUUUUUAGUCAGUAACGGCCUUACUUAUAAACGAUCACUAAAGUUAAGACACAGUUAAACUACGUAUUAAAAAAUAUUUUAACUCAUAAACGAUGAUUAACGCUAAUUAAUGUCUUAGCGACUGCUUAAAUAGCUGUCAACUUAAUCAGUGUCGAAGCCUUGUUUAAAGACCUUAAUUACCAAAAUGGCGUCCGAAAUUCGUAAAAGUCACAGCUGUGGUAUAUUUCAACAAUAACACCACAUGCAAACUUCGCUUUGAAUUGUGUUCUGUUUGCUGGGCUUUGUUCCGCUACUUAGGAAAGUGAAGUGGAUAAAUAUUAAAAAAUGGAUAUAUUUGACGACGAUAAUAAAUUACGCACAUACCGUGACGAGAUAGAAGAAAUAAGAAAUUUCAGGGAAUAUUGGUUCAAGAAGGAGAGUAAAAAUAUAUAAUUCAAGAUCGAACCCAAUGGAGGAAUUGAGUGAAAACGACUUCAAGCAUCGCUACAGAUUCAGUAAAGGAAAUAUGGUAAAAAUUAUAAAUAUCUUAAGAAACGACUUGUCCAUGGAUAGCCGGGGCGGCAGUAUACCUGUGGAGUUGCAAGUAAUGGCAGCUAUAAGAUACUGGGGCCGCCAUGAGAUUCAAGAAGACUGUGCGGAAAUUCAUGGCAUGAGCCAACAGACUUUAUCAAGAACUGCUAAAAGAGUUGCUAUUGCAUUGGCUUCGAAAAGUUCCAUUUAUAUUAAAAUGCCUUCAAAUUUAAGAGAAGAGACUGAAACUAUUCGGAAAUUUGAAACAAUUUGUGGGUUUCCCCAUAUUACCGGUGCAAUAGAUUGCACCCAUAUUAAAAUAAGAAAAGUUGGAGGAGAUGUUGGUCAGUACUAUAUAAACCGUAAAGGACACUAUUCUAUUAAUACUCAAAUGGUGUGUAAUGCAGAUUUGAAGAUCUGUGAUAUAGUUUGCCACUGGAGGGGUAGUACUCAUGAUGCAAGAAUAUGGCGUGAGAGUUCCUUUAAAAGGAGAUUUGAAGAACGAGAAUUUAAAGGAAAACUUAUAGGCGAUGGUGGAUACCCUUGUACCCCAUAUUUACUGACUCCAGUACUAAGACCCCGUAACGAAGCAGAACGGCGGUACAACUAUUGCCACAUUCGCACCAGGAACGUAAUUGAGAGACGUUUUGGUGUACUUAAGGCAAGGUUUCGGAUACUUUUGGAAAUAAUGAGAGGGUCUUUCAAUACGAUUAAAACGACAAUUGUUGCAUGUGCAGUAUUGCACAAUUUAGCAAUUGAAUUUGAUGACACUUUAAGUUAUGAAACCCCUUACACAGACAGUGAUGAAGACACUGAGGCCAUUGAACAGGACUCUAAUAAUUUGACACACAUAACCAGAAACAUUUUUAUUGAGAAUUUCUUUUAAAAUACAAAUACAUAGUUUUAAUUAAACAUUUUUUAAUUUUUUUCCCAAUAUUGCUGUUCUAGAUCCAAAAUUGCCAUUCUUUUCUUAUGCAAUUCAUCCUCCCGUUUUUCUUUAUUUUCUUUGCACUUUUUUGUGAGUAGAAAUAACUGUUCCUCAUAAUUAUCAGCAAUCUGAAAAAGAAACAACAAGAUGUAUACAGGGUGUACCCUGAAGUCGACGUCCAACGGGCACUAGAUGAUCAGCAAGGUUCCAACUGUUAUCAGAAAAAUAAAAAAAAAUUCUAAGUCCUACAGUUUUUAAAUUACAGUGACUUAUGUGUUAUCCAC